CGGUCGUAGAAAGAUGGGCACUCGUGUUCCACCACCGACGCCACUUUGUGAAAAAGCCAUGGCUGGUAUACCUCAGCUGAUUGACGAUUUGCAGCGUUUGUCCGAAGACCAAGACAGUGCUGAUGUGGUUUUUCUGUUGGGUAGAGAAGAGGAACGUGUCUACGCACAUCGAAUUCUGCUAAUGGCUAGAUGUAAAAGCUUCAAAACAGCAAAACGAGGAGAAAUAUGCAGAAUUCCUGGCUCGUCGGUAUCACCAUCGGCACCUGGUACACCGACACCAGUUCGCUUGCAACAUGUCAAUUGUGAAGUUUUUCGUCAAUUUAUUGUUUAUGUUUAUACGGGAAAGAUAAUGCUACAGGAUUCACGAGUUUUCGAAAUGAUGACUUUGGCUCAGGAUAUGGGUGUGGAAGAGCUUCGUGCUGCAUGUGAAGAUCAUGUUAUAUCGACUUUGUCAGUUGAUAAUGCUUGUACUUUUCUAACAGCAGUUAUGGAAAUUCAUGAUAAAGCAGGUGCAAAAUGUGCAGCAUCAUUUAUGGAAAGAUGUAUUAUCUACAUUGGAGAAAAUGCCAGCGAAUGUGUUAAAACAAAUGCCUUUCUCAAUUUAACCAAGGAUGGAUUAAUAAAGCUUAUUUCAUCAGAUUAUUUUUGUUUAGAAGAAGAAGAUGUUUGGCGUUGUGUCCUGGCUUGGGCUAAAAAUCAAGCCGGUGUAACUCAACCGACAGCCCAUUGGACUGAAGAGGAACGUGCUCGAGUUUGUCAGCAUUUAUCUGGUGUUAUGGGUCAUGUUCGACUUUUACUUAUCGAUAGUCAAGUAUUUGCCGAAGAAGUUGAACCAACUGGUGCUGUUCCAAUGGAAUUAUCCUUGGAACGUUAUCGUUAUGCAGCUUUGCAUUCGAAUAAAAUGGGGGGUGCAAAUGGUAGUGGUGGUGUUGGUGGUGCUGUUGCACCUCCAGCUAUUCCAAUUCCUACUGGGCCUUUGUCUGAAGAUGACAAACGCUUGCAGCCACGUUUGAUGAUGAACAUGUUUCCAGGAUCGAAUAUUCUUAAGAAUGAUAAGCUACAUCUUCAAGGAGUUCUUAAUGGAUGGUAUGGUGUUCCAAAACAAACAUGGCGUCUCGUUUAUAGAGCAUCGACUCAUGGAUUUGGAUCUGCUACUUUUCACAGAUUUUGUGAUGGAAUUGCACCUUGUUUUGUCAUUGGACUGGGAAGUCGUGGUGAAAUCAGUGGAGGUUUUACUGAUGUAGCUUGGGCCAAGACUAGCCGCAAAGGUGGUUACAUACACUCGGAGCGAGCAUUCCUAUUUACCUUCAAUUCAAACAACGAUUCUCAACCGGCCAAAUUCGAUGUUGUUAAGAAGCCCUAUGCCAUUUGCUAUCAUCCAGAUUGUGGGCCGAUUUUUGUUGCUGGAGCAGAUUUAUUAUUUUCGAAUAAUUGCAACACAAACAUGGAUUCAUAUUCAAAUCUUCCACAUAGUUAUGAUGGACCCAAUGCCAGUUAUAUGCCAUUAUUUGGUGAUUACAAUUUUACAGUUGUUGAUUAUGAAGUUUAUACACCGGCAGCAGCUGCCCCAGCUAAUAAUCAACAAGGAGUGAAAAUAAAAUACGAUAGAUAUUAAGACAAAAUUUAAUUAAGAUUUUAGAAUAUUUUCCAAGUUUUAUUUGUUUCGAACAGUAUUAGAAUUUC